AUGAAGGACAAUCUCACACUCCCUUUUUCCAAACUCGCCUUCUGCUCCCCGGCACCACGUUCCUUGUCGCUCUUCAGUUUGCGAGCACUAUUUGAUCUCGCUGCCGCUCGUUGGCCUAUUUUCUUUUUUCUCCGUCCACCCACUAGCUUCCUCUGCCACCCUAGAGCGCCCGCGUACAGUAGCACACUGCCGACCGCAAAUCCUUCCGCCAGCAUUCCAGCCGCCUGUCCUGGGUCACCCGCAGAGUCACUUGCGAACCAUCCUGCUACCAACGGGCAAGCCCUCUGUACAACGAUCCACCAUCAAUCCACUCCCUUGCGAGCAAUUCUCACACACACCGUCUCCAUGAUUCUCAGGACCAAUUCGGAAGACUUCAACAUGGGCCGCGGCGCAUACGACACGACAGGCACACCCAAGCCGAAGCCAACGCCGCCGCCGAAGUCGCGACGAUAAUGCUCUCAUGGGCGCCGUCCUUGAUAUGCACCGCUCAACGAAACACUCCGUAUACGACGAUGCGACGUGCGAGAAAAGCGAGUCGCAGCUGCACAAACUUUCUUUCGAAACACGACAGCUGUGUUGCAGAAUCCAUCCAAGCUUCCGAAUUUACGUUGCAGCUAGCCUGCACGCAUGGAGCUUGGUGGAUCCACUCGCCAAACCACGCCCUUCUCGACCAAACCGCCUUUAACGAUCACUACUACCACUGCUACUUGAAUUUUCGAGCAUAAUACCCACUUGAGCGUUCGCUGUAUUACCUGAACAACACUUUUUUCGGUCCUCCACCUCACGCACACACCCGCCCACCAACACAACGCCACGAUCUUCGCUGCGACUCUGGACCAUCGACGCGAACAGGCAUAAUACUUCCAAAAUCCACUUCUUCGCGCGACCGACAUUAUCUUCACGGACCUUGGGACACUUUUUCUUUACUACACGGCGUUGGUUAGACGGGUAUGGGUGGCGACACUAUGAGCUUAGCGGAUCUUGUUGAGACUAGAGGGCAGAGCGGAGCAAUCCGCCAUGGGAAACAAAAGAAUUGUAUACUAUAUAUCUGCAUUGGGACAACCGGCGUUGGUGGCUUUCUGAUUUGAGACGCUGUUACAGCGGAUGAGGGUACUGGGCAGACGGGGUGUGGUGGCAGACGGCAAUUCAGUUACGCUGUCUGAUGUACCACUAGGCUCGGCUUCAGCCUGCGUUCACUUUUUCCCAUAUUUCGGCUGGCUGGAAAGGACUAUACCAGUCAUGAAUCGGAAUCGAUAUGGUUUCAUGGCAUAGCGAGAGAGUAAAAUUUCUUUGUAAUUAACUGAUACCCACCGUUUGC